AUGCUGAUCUUUAAGGACGCUUUUACAGCAAUUUACUGUUUCCUCAUUAAGAAAGGAUACAUUUCAGAUGAUGAGCUAUGCUCAGACUCAUUCCCAAUGAAAUUGGUUGACGAUCUGAUUUGGGAGUUCAAAGGAAAGCAUGUGAUCAGGAAGGAAGGGGAAAUCAUGCUGCCCGGGGCAAAUCCAUCUGCUGAAGAAGGCGAAGAGAAUGGUGAGGAAGAGCACAUCGAGAGGGGAAUCGACUUUGUGCUGAACCACCGGCUGCAAGAGAUGAACUGCUACGAGAACGUGCCCACUUUCAAAAGUUACAUCAAAGGCUUUAUGAAGAACGUUAUUGAAUUGAUGGAGAAGAAUGGCAAGUCUGCAGAUGAGAUUGCCACCUUCAAGAAGAAGAUCCAAGCUUGGGUUGUUUCUUUGCUCAACAAGGAUCGUUUCAAGCAAUUGCAGUUCUUUAUUGGCGAAAAGAUGGCCGAGGGCCACGGUGAUGGUCAAGUAGCAAUUGUUGAGUUUCGUGAAGAGGCAGAAGGUGAAGUGCCCUAUUUGAUGCUCGUCAAAGAGGCGUUGAUUCAAGAAAAGCAGUAA